CGAGGUUCACAUGUGCACUCGUGGAAUCUGUCAGAUUGUCAACAUGCUUUUAUCAAUAUAUGGACAGAUGUUAUGACAGAUCAUAAUAUAGAAGGUGACAUAUGUCAAUUGAAUGAAGUUAUGUUGCACUAACCACUGGCUCGUUAAUCAAUACCAAUAUCUGGGUGAGUGGAACGUCAUGCAUGAUUAUAAAAUCUGAAGUCAUUCUUUUAUCCUUAAGAAAGAAAGUUCACUCGGCUUAAAUCAUGGGUGCUAUAGAAUCACAUGAUUUCGCCCCUGUUCGUGAUGAUGAAAGGAAAGAGCUCAACUUGAGCCGAAGAAUCACUUACAAGCAGUAUAAAAAGCAUUUGGACGGAGACUGCCAUGAAGCAUGCCUUUCAGAGAUACCUUGGAGCAUAAGGGAUUCCAUUUGUCUGUAUGAAAGGAUGAAUGUGUCUUUCAACGCCAUAACAGAACUCCCACCGGAACUCCCUCUUCGACUGCCCCACCUGUACUUCCUUGACCUCAGUCAUAACAAGAUUGAAACUCUACCAGACAGUUUUGGACUUCUCUUCCACUUAAAAACACUUCUGUUAAAGCACAAUAAGUUACACUCAUUACCGCAGUCUUUUGUUCAUCAUGUGAAACUAGAGAAAAUAGACUUAUCCCACAACUUGCUCAAGGAACUUCCAGAUGGUAUAGGGAAAAUGGAAUCAUUGUCAAAGCUAAAUGUUUCUAACAACAAGCUGAAAAUUUUACCUGUGUCCCUUGGAAACUGUAAAACUCUGACUCUGUUGCUAGCUCAAGGAAAUAGGCUGAAUGAGCCUUCACAAUGUAUAUGUGAUGAAGGAUCGGAGGUAACAAUUAAAUUUUUAAAACAGAAAUAUUUCUCUAUACAUCCAUAUACGGAUCGUCUUCCUUGUAAUAAUCUGAAUGAAUUCACCCGAGUCCGAGGGAACCAGCUGCCAAGCUCUGUGCCAAAUCCUCACUCUGCUCAUGUACAGUAUAUCCAGACCCAAACCCACACCACCAACACACCAAGUAGAAUUAAAAGUCCGCUAUUACCUCCCCUUGGUGCAAGUGACCUAGAUGCAGGCAUAUUGAGGGACAAGAUUAUCGGACUGAUAUACGGUGCUGCGAUAGGAGAUGCAAUGGGGCUGGCAACCCGGAGCAUGUCGGUGGAUGAGGCUGCCUUCCACUACAACAGUUCAAACAUACAGUAUUCGGAGAUCGUGGUGGACGAUCACCGUGUCCGUUGGAGACCUGGUGACUGGACGUCCAACUUUGACCUGUUUGUGCUGGUUUUGGAUUCUGUGAUAUCCUGGGGCGGAGUUGUUGAUGAGUUAGACUUUGCCAAGCGUCUCUCUCACUGGAGUCAGAAAGGUUUCCCUGAACUUGGUGAUACAGAGGGAAUCAUUCUUAGUCCAACGAUCCAGCAGGUAACAUGUAGUAGAGGGUAUACAGACAAACCACACGGUGUGUCUGAGGAGGUGUACCGAACACAGUGCUCCCCACCCCAACACAAUGGCAGUGUGUCCCCGACAGCCAAUGGGGGCACUGGUGUGUUUGGGUGGAGCAGUGACAACAAAGGUGACAGGCAGGAUAAGAAGUUGUAUGUCCGCAGCGACAGCCAGGCGUCUUUCUCAUGUGGUAGAUGUGAGGGACCUGGAAUAGAUAACGGAGCCAUAGUGAGAACUGCUGUGUUAGGAAUACCCUCCUUCUUUGACCUGUCCGAGGUGGUCAAUAACACAACAAGGAUAUCUCGGGCCACCCACGCUAACCCGCGGUCAACAGCCUCCUGUGUGGUGAUCUCUGUUCUCGUUGCCCUCAUGUUACAGGGUAGAAAGGAUUUGUCUGAUGCUGAAAAGCUGGAGGAAUUAAUAGCUACAGCCAAAGAGACUGGCAGGCAGAUCCUCAAUGAUCCAGAACAAAUGGAGGAAUUUGACCAAUACUGUGAUAUGGAUAAUCUGGACAGUUUGAAGGUGACAGAUGAGAGGAAAAUGGGACACACUUACAUGCCAUUAAGUGCUGGUCUGAUUAGCUUGAGAUCUAAUCAAGACUUCAGGACAGCCAUGAUGAAACUGAUAAUGAAAACCGGUGAUGCAAACAGCAAUGCUUGUGUGGCGGGAGCUCUCCUAGGUUGUAAGGAAGGAUUUUCUCAUCUUCCCAAACACUGGGUAACUGGGCUGAGGAAAAAGCAAACAGCCUGGCUCAAUGUCAAAGUCAAUAUCCUUCUUGAUAUGUUAGGAUUACCAUAAUGUACACUGGUACCUCCGAAAUGAUGCUUUAAAUAUUACAACCAUUCAUACUGCCUUAAUUGGGUGUGCAUAAUGACUUAACAAUUUGUAUACUUAUGUUAGCAUAUUAAUUACUGUACAUUAUAUGAAAUCGUCCUCUGACAUGCCAUCUGUGAUAAAUUCAUUAAUAAUUGAUUUAGGAUUUUGUACAUUACAACGGAAAAAUAUUUACCAGUAGAAUGAAAUAGUUGCUGUUACAUGGUAAGUAAAUGUCAUUUUAUCAAUAGCUUUUGUCAAUGGCUACGUACUGAAUCAGGUGAUCAUAUUGACAGGUAAUAAAUAUAUAAUACCAAUAUGUAUAUAUGUAUUUUUUCAAGCUUAAUAACCAAUCGCUCAUUUGUUCUAGCUUUUUAUUUUUUAUUUAGCAAUAACUUUGUGUAUGUUAUUAAGCCUGUUAUGUAUUUUUAAAAAAAAGUUAAAAUGUUGCUUUGUGUUCAAAGUGUUGCCGAGAAGCAGGAUCAGUUUUUGUUAGCUCUUAUUUGUUUGGAGUACAAACUUGAUGUAAUGAUUGAUCAAAGUUUUUUGCUAAAAGGCAAGUUGGUUGUACUAUCUCUAUAAUAAUUUUCGUUAUUUUUCAAAGUUCAGUUAAAACAUUUUAUAAAUAUAAAAUGCUAAGGCCAGUUCCUGACAUUUUGUCUAAGAUGUAAAAUUCUGGACCUCGUCCAUACAUGACAUUUGUUCAAAAUUGGAAAAUACUUGAGGAUGUUCUGUUGUGACAUUGUGUCUAAGAUUAAAUACUGGACCCCGUUCUGUGAUAAUAUACAGUGCUUUUAUGAUUAUGAUUUAUGAUAACCAAAGAAAUGUUCACAGUGUAUACGAUCAAUGUUUCAUAUUACUACCUUAUCCUGUCUGCAUGACGUUUAUGUCACCCGUCAAUAUACAGGUGAAAUUCUCAAUGUAGGCAUCACUGCCCCGACACCGUGAAAUAAUUUGUAAAUUUGUGUGUGUUGCUGUUUGUGUUGGCACAGCCCAAUUAAAAAUAUGUUUAUUUUUUUAUAGGAUGUUAUCAAAGUAACACCUAUACAUCUAAAAAAGUACUGCCAAUUUACCUGUGUUCUUCCUGGGUGUGGAUAUUGCAUAUAUUUUAGGGAAUUGGCUCCAAGCAAAAAGGUGCUAAAUUGUUAAAUUCAUAUUGCCUACGCAUCAUUUCAGAAAACAAUAUUGAGUGCUGUUUGAUUAAAUAAAUAAAAAAUGAAAAUCGAAGUGGCAAGCAACAAUUUCUUGUCAUUGAACUGACAUAUUAUUUUUCCACUGACUUUGUAUGUUUAAAAUGAUAAAAACUACAGGGAAUCUGUGGAUUAAAUACUUACAAUUUUGUUAUAUUUUAUUUAAAUUGUAUUACGUAUGACAUUGUGUAUUUGUAUCAACUUUUAUUUUAUUUUAUUAGGGUAACAUAUAUAGAAAUAUAUAGAGAAAUAAAAAAUAGCAUUGUCUCAAAAACCUUUCACAAUUUUGAAAAGUUCUUAAGGAGACUUCAAAAUAAAGGUAUAAGGCUAAGGGACAAUGCCAUUGUAUUGUUGAGUUUUUGGUUAUUUCAUUUCUACAUACGUACUUAUUGUUAUAUAUAUUUGUAUUGGUAUUAAUGUUUUAAGGCGAACAACACUCAAAAUUACAGUUUGUACACACUAAAUUUUCUUUCCUAGUGAGGAUGCAUUUGAUUGAAUUGCUCAGUUUCCUUUAACUUCUGACUGUAUUAUGCUUAGUCACUAAGAUACAUGUUCUUACUUGUCCAAACUGGGCACCUGUAGGGUAGAUGUUCUUACAUGUCCAACCUGGGCACCUGUAUGGUAGAUGUUGCUACUUGUCCAACCUGGGUACCUGUAGGGUAGAUGUUCUUACUUGUCCAACCUGGGCACCUGUAGGGUAGAUGUUCUUACUUGUCCAACCUGGGCACCUGUGGGGUAGAUGUUGUUACUUGUCCAACCUGGGCACCUGUAGGGUAGAUGUUCUUACUUGUCCAACCUGGGCACCUGUAGGGUAGAAUCAUAUUACACCUCUCGUAGAACUAUUAACCAAUUUAAAAUUUUGUUUACCGCUCGCCAAAUGGUAUAAUAUAUAGGUCGUUAUUGGCAAAUAGAAACACAAUUAUAGUAUAAAAUACCAUUAUAUAAACAUUGUCAUAACAAGUCCUUAUUAAAACGUUUUUUCUAAUGUUUAAUUAUUACAAUAUUAGAAAUCACCCUCUCCAUUGGAAUUCAUCAAUUCAUAUUAAAUUCAGUCCGUAAAAUAACUUCAAACAGUUCCAUAUCGACAUCAACUUAGAUCUAUCUUAGACAUAUAGAAGGUGAAAUAUAACAGACGAAAGAGCAACAGAUCAAAAAAAGCUAAACACCAUGUACCCCAGAAGAAUGAAAGGAUAUGAACCUGGGUGUUUAGGAAAGGGUAGAUACUGAACCACAUGUGGCCCCCUAUGUGAUGUCGCCUGUAACAUAAAUGUACAGGAAAGUAUGGAGGUCACAAGCGUUUUAUAGACACACUGAAAAAGUCCUUAGGUUAUGGUAAGCAGCGAAAUAUUAUUCGUGGAAAUCCUGACGUGACGGUAACGUCGGGUAAAAUUUCUUAACUUGUGUUUAAACAUUGAUCUAAGUUAGGAAACAUUAGAUAAAUAGUUAACUGGUCAGCUGGUCUCGUCUAUCUAGAAAAUCCUUCUUGGAACAGCUUCUGAAGUAGCGAAUCAAAUGACAUGUAAAUUGUAUAGGCAGGAUAGGCAAAGGAAUGUCAAAAUAUAUUCAGUAUAAUUUUGCGUGAAGUUAUAGGACCGGGCGAAUAUCUUGCCUCCCUUUUUGAUAGUCCCUGUAAAACAAAAUGACUUUUUAAACACUUGAGUUCAAUGAAAACGAUAUAUUCGAAUCACUAGAUUUAACUUUUUGAGGAAAGAGGUAUCUGCCAUAACGUCCAACACUUUCAUCAUUUUUUUUUACAUUUUUCUCGACAGUAUAUAUAUACAAGGAUUUAGGCGAUGGAAGGUCUUUGUAGACUGCUGUAAAACCAUUAUAUAACUAUCAAUG